AUGAAGAACGAGUCCCCUCCACCUUACUCUGUUGGCGUGUACCCCCUGCCCCCCCUCAAGUCCUAUGAGGAGGUGGUGUAUGGCUUGGGUCCAGGCCUGACACCCCCCACCCAUCCACAUUACAUUCCCCAGUAUGCACCACCUGUAGUUGUUCCCCAAGUCACACAGUCAAGCAUAAACCCCAGCAGUAGAAAGAAGAGAUGCUGUGAGAAUAAUGCCCAGUUUUACGGAGGGUCAGGGGGAGCCUUACUGGUGCUCGGUCUGCUGGCACUGGCAAUCUGGUUUGGAGUUCGAUAUGGCACCCGGUUGGCAACAGCAGCAAAUCUAUUAAAUGAGUAUGAUGAAGACAAAAAUCAAAAUCCGUCUUUGCCAAACUAUGACACCUGCCCCGAAAAUACUAUCCAAUGUGAUGCGAUAAGAGACUGCCAACUGGGCAGCGACGAAACAAACUGUGUGAGGUUUGGCAGCAAUGGCGCUCUGCAGGUCAGGACAUCUAAAGAUGGCCGCUUCCUACCAGUGUGCUACAAAAACUGGGACCAGAGCUAUGCUGACCAGACCUGCACUCAACUAGGAUUUGGAAGGUCCUAUACCACCAGUGCAUUUCAAUCCCAGAAGUCUAUUGGUUUAACUUUGACCAGCAGAUCAAAUUUACCUCUCCAGGGUCUGGUAAACGUCAGUUCAUCCUGUCCAAAUCAGGAGACUGUCUCCCUGCAGUGUGUGGACUGUGGUCAGUCGUCUAUAUCCCGGAUCAUUGGAGGCAGCCCAUCCAAGACGGGUCAGUGGCCUUGGCAGUUGUCACUGCAAUUCAGAGGAUCCCACGUCUGUGGAGGAGUCCUGAUCUCUCCUGAUUUUGUGCUGACUGCUGCCCACUGCUUUCCAAGAAGCAACUCUUUAGCUCUCUUGGUAGAGAACUGGAAAGUGUAUGGUGGAGUGGUGUCUCUGGACAAUCUACGUCAGCCCUACUUGGUUAAGACGAUCCUCCUCAACGAGAACUACAACAGCCAGACUAAUGACCAGGACAUCGCUGUGCUCAGACUUAGAUCUCCAGUUGUUUUCGAUGAUAAAGUCCAGCCAGCUUGUCUGCCAGCUUUUGACCAGGAAAUUCCCCCUGGAACCAAAUGCUGGAUCUCAGGUUUUGGCAUCACUAAGGCAGGAUCAGGCAUUGUCUCCAGGGAUCUAAUGGAAGUGACAGUGGACAUCAUUGGUACUCAAGUGUGUAACAGCCCCAGUGGGUAUAGAGGCGCCGUGACCAACAAUAUGAUCUGUGCCGGGGACCUGAACGGAGGCAAAGACUCCUGUCAGGGUGACAGUGGUGGACCUCUGGUGUGUCAGGGAGAGCGUUGGUACGUGGUGGGGAUCACCAGCUGGGGAGCUGGAUGUGGGGAAAGAAACAAGCCUGGUGUUUAUACAAAAGUCAGUAGUGUUAUGCCCUGGAUCUACAGCUCAAUGCAGCAAAUGAAGCCAUGAAGUCCCUUUUUCUCCUGCUGGCGGUCUACUUCCCCUCCAUCGCCAAUGAACCCAAUACAGUAAAGCGAUGGAUGGAUAUUGAUACGCACCAAUCGAUGCACUGACUUCAGUCUUGCAUUCUUGAUUUUAUUCUUCUGUCUCUUGGGUGCCUCAGUCAUACAGCAUACUUGUGUUUACCCACAUGUUAAGCUUUAAAGACGACUGGCCCUUCUAGUUCUGUGCCAAUGAAACAGUCUACUGUAAUCUC